CCCGCCCCCCGCGCCCGGCGCUGGCCCCACCCCCUGACCCCAGAGGUCCUGAGUCCUGGCCGCACCGCCCACGUCGGGCCGCGCGGGGGGGACCCCCGCCGAGGCGCCAUGGCCUCGGAGUCGGUGAAGGUGGUGGUGCGCUGCCGCCCCAUGAACCAGCGGGAGCGGGAGCUGAACUGCCAGCCGGUGGUGACGGUGGACUCCGCGCGCGGCCAGUGCUUCAUCCAGAACCCGGGCGCCGCCGACGAGCCGCCCAAGCAGUUCACCUUCGACGGCGCCUACUACAUGGACCACUUCACCGAGCAGAUCUACAACGAGAUCGCCUACCCGCUGGUGGAGGGUGUCACCGAGGGCUACAAUGGCACCAUCUUCGCCUAUGGUCAGACAGGCAGCGGGAAGUCCUUCACCAUGCAGGGCCUGCCGGACCCGCCUUCCCAGAGAGGCGUCAUCCCCAGGGCCUUCGAGCACGUUUUCGAGAGUGUCCAGUGUGCAGAGAAUACCAAGUUCCUGGUCCGGGCCUCCUACCUGGAGAUCUACAACGAAGAUGUCCGUGACCUGCUGGGGACAGACACCAAGCAGAAGCUGGAGCUGAAGGAGCACCCGGAGAGGGGCGUGUACGUGAAGGGACUCUCCAUGCACACGGUGCACAGCGUGGCCCAGUGUGAGCGCAUCAUGGAGACGGGCUGGAAGAACCGCUCAGUGGGCUACACGCUGAUGAACAAGGACUCCUCGCGCUCCCACUCCAUCUUCACCAUUAGCAUUGAGAUCUACGCCGUGGACGAGCGGGGCCAGGACCACCUCCGUGCUGGCAAGCUGAACCUGGUGGACCUGGCGGGCAGCGAGCGGCAGUCCAAGACGGGUGCCACGGGGGAGCGGCUCAAGGAGGCCACCAAGAUCAACCUGUCACUGUCGGCCCUGGGCAACGUCAUCUCGGCCCUGGUGGACGGGCGCUGUAAACACAUCCCCUACCGGGACUCGAAGCUGACGCGGCUGCUGCAGGACUCGCUGGGCGGCAACACGAAGACGCUGAUGGUGGCCUGCCUGUCACCCGCGGACAACAACUAUGACGAGACACUCAGCACCCUGCGCUACGCCAGCCGGGCCAAAAACAUCAAGAACAAGCCGCGCAUCAACGAGGACCCCAAGGAUGCCCUCCUGCGCGAGUACCAAGAGGAGAUCAAGAAGCUGAAGGAGAUCCUGGCCCAGCAGAUGAGCCCCAGCAACCUGGCAGACCUGCUGUCCAGUCAGACCCCCCUAAAUGCUGUCCAGACUGAGGAGAAGCUGGCGCCCCCACCGGUGAUCCAGACUGAUACAGAGGCCGAGAAACAGCUGAUCCGGGAGGUGAGACCCGGGGGUAGGUGGGAGAAAGGCAGGCAGGAGUAUGAGGAGCGCCUGGCCCGGCUGAGGGCUGACUAUGAGGCGGAGCAGGAGUCCAGGGCCCGGCUGGAGGAGGACAUCACUGCCAUGCGCAACUCCUACGACGUGAAGCUGUCCACACUGGAGGAGAACCUGCGUAAGGAGACAGAGGCUGUCCUCAAGGCAGAGGUCCUCAAGGCGGAGGUCCUCAAGGCACAGGGCACAUCCAGGGCGGAGUUUGUCAGCUGGCCAGAGUCCUCCCCUCCCCUCCACUGCGAGCUGGCCACGAAGCCUGAGAUCCACUCCACGCCGCGCACUCUGGCCGGCGAGGAUGUCUCCAAGACUGAGGUUUCUCCGGGGUUCGAGGAGCUGCCCACGGCGGAGACCUCCAAGUCUGAGGCGUCUCUGGGAUCCGAUGAGUCUUCCACGCUCGAGGACACCUCCACGUCCGAGGCCUGCCCUGUGCCCCAGGAGCCUUCCAACGUGGAGUUCUCCGCGCCCGAGGCGGAGGCUGUGGGCAGCUCCCUCCUGGACCACGACCUCAGCUGGGAGGCCGCCGGAGCCCCGCGGUGGGCCGGGCCGGUCCCCGAGGACGAGCAGCCACGGCUGGCAGCGCUGGGCCUGCUCCCCAGCCUGCACGACCCGUUCGCCGAGGUGGAAGCCAAGCUGGCCAGGCUCUCUUCCGCAGUGGGGGGGGCCGAGACGCCCCAGGCGGCCACCCCCAGGCUCCCCAUACAGCACCCCUCCCUGACGGAUCUGCUGGGGCCUGGUGUCGUUAGGUCUGAAGCUGAGGCAGCUGACUUCCUCCUGCCUGGAACUAAAGCACAAGAGGACAUGGAGAAUGAGAGCAAGGCUUUAAAUCUACCCACGUGUGUGGAGAGAGAAAAUUAUCUCCCAGCCUCUGGACUGGAUCACUGGGAGGUUGACCCGGGCCCAGAAGUGGCCGAGGAGGUGGUGCUGGCAGCAGAACCUGGCGUCGGGGCUGAGACUGAGGCCCAGAUGGCCUUGGAAGCUCAGCUUCAGCCCUUGCUGGCCACGACCAGUGUGAGAAGGGACAGUGUGGGCGUGGAGGUGGCGGUGCUGACUGACGACCUGCUGCCUGUCGUGGACCAGCAGCAGGUGCUUGCCCGUUUGCAGCUGCUGGAGCAGCAGGUGGUAGGGGGAGAGCAGGCCAAGAACAAGGACCUGAAGGAGAAGCACAAACGCAGGAAGCGGUACGCGGACGAACGCAAGAAGCAGCUGGUGGCAGCCCUGCAGAACUCGGAUGAGGACAGCGGCGACUGGGUGCUGCUCAACGUCUACGACUCCAUCCAGGAGGAGGUGCGGGCCAAAAGCAAGCUGCUGGAGAGGAUGCAGCGGAAGCUCCGGGCAGCAGAGGUGGAGAUCAAAGACCUGCAGUCAGAGUUCCAGCUGGAGAAGAUUGAUUACUUGGCCACCAUCCGCCGGCAGGAGCGUGACUCCAUGCUCCUCCAGCAGCUCCUGGAGCAGGUGCAGCCCCUCAUCCGCCGGGACUGUAACUACAGCAACCUGGAGAAGAUAAGGCGUGAGGCCUGCUGGGACGAGGACAACGGCUUCUGGAAGAUCCCCGAGCCCAUCAUCAUAAAAACCAGCCUCCCAGUAGCAGUUCCAACAGGGCCACAGAACAAGGCAGUCCGCAAAUCCUCCACAGCAGACAAUGGUGAACCAGGCACGCAGGAAGAAGACCGCUACAGGCUGAUGCUCAGUCGGAGCGACAGCGAGAACAUUGCCAGUAACUACUUCCGGUCCAAGCGAGCCAGCCAGAUCCUCAGCACGGAUCCCAUGAAGAGCCUCGGGCAUCACACCUCGCCCCCUGGCCUCGGCUCCCCACUCAGCAACACCUCUGCCAUGUCGCCUACCCAGGCCCCCGAAAUGCCCCAGCCCCGGCCCUUCCGCCUCGAGUCCCUUGACAUUCCCUUUUCCAAGGCCAAGCGUAAGAAAAGCAAAAGCAGCUUUGGCAGUGAGCCUCUGUGAACAUGGCCUCCUGCUGCUGCCCUGCCUUGGGGCUUCCGUGAGACUGCCAGGCCGCCCCCCUGACCCCCGCCAGGGCAGCCCCAGCCAGGCCUCCUCCCCAUGGCCCCCAUGGUGUCCGGAUGCUUGAGAGGGGUCCUUGCCCUGGGAAGAGGCUUUCCCUUCCCUGUUACCCAUCCUUGCGGAGGUGUGCUCCGGCUCUCCAUGCCACACCAGUGUUCUAUCUGCUCACCUGCCACAGCCCGCCGCGCGUGCCCCCCACCCCCGUUCCAUUACUCUGUGCCUCGAUGGGCUCAGAAACCUCACGGCGUUCACCAGCAGCCCCAAAAGAGUGGGCAGCAACUUCCGUGUUGAUCAAGGACAGCAUCUCGGUGAUAGACCAUCAUGCCUCUAUCAGGCCAGGAAGCUGGAUGGCGUGGGCACAGGGGUCCUGGAGCUCACACCCAGCUGGUGUGUGGCCUAGAGGAGGCUUCCCCACAUGAGGCUGCCCCAAUAAACUGCCUUUUACCGAUGAGCUCCCUUCCCCAGUCCUCUGACAGUGUCAUUGGGGCCCCUCCUGCCACGGCUGCCUGGCCUUCACAGGGAAGCGCCUUUUGGAGCGGUGUUUCUUAACUACCUGAUGCCUUUAAAAACGGGCUGUGGGGUUUCCGCAACUCCCCACACUUGUGAGUAAAAGUGCAUUUUUCUGGGGCGAGCACCUCAUUCAAUUCUCCAAAGAUCUGAGUUAGGAAAGCAGAUCCCUUGUUUUGGACAAUAAAGAUUGUAUCUUGCUGAAACCCAGAAAAAGGCCAGGGGUGUGUCCUCAGGGGCUGUGCUGGAACUGGGUGCCCUGAAGUGGCCAGGAAUGAGCCCAGGUCAUCCCCACUAUUGAGGGCACGGCCCUCCCCUUGCCCUUCGUAUCCCAGGCCUGCCCUGCAGGAGGGCCCCACCAUCUGAGGGAAAAGGCCUGGCUUUUGGUUGAAGAGGAGACUCUCAUUUCACCCUGGGCUCCAUCUGUGAGAGGGGAACAGCGGCCUCCUAGGGGUAUUGGUUCAAUGAGAGUUAAGUGAUGUUCCCAGCACGUAGCAGGUGCCCCUUAUUAGUCCCCCUUGUUUGUUCUCCUCUGCAUUUUGCAUUAAUUACUGUGGGGGAUCCCACAAGCCACAUGCCUGGGCCAAGCUCACACCCUGGGGAUCAGUCUAACUGCAGGCAGGCUGCAGGACCCGUGUUGAGAGGGAUAAAGAUCGGGUGUUUAUGGGGAACAGAGUGCCCUUGUGAAGGGUAGGGCUAUCAUAAAGGAUGGA